ACUCGAUGUCAUUCAGAUCACAUUUGCGUUUCAAGUGCUAACAAUCUCUGAAUUAUCACCAAAAAUCUACAUCCAAAAUGGUUAAGCUAGAAGGAACCUACGAAUUGGUCUCCCAGGAGAAUUACCUGGAAUUCUUGAAGUCAUUGGGUGUUCCCGAUGCUGAGGCCGAAAAACAGUCCCAAUUGAAGGAGCCGAUCACCAUCAAGUCCGUAUCGGACAGCAGCAUCGUAAUGUCUUAUUCAGGACAAGAGGUCGCUUUCCCUGUGGGCAAAGAGUAUGAGUACUCAAUUCGCAAUAAGCACACCAUUUGGACCGUUGCCACCAUCAGUGGAGACACCAUCACCUUUAAAACCAAACUGAACGCUGAUGGAAGCCUGACUGAGGAAAAAGUGAUCAAAAUCACUGACAGUGGCCUCACAUCUACAACCACCAGCUCCAAGGGAACCAAGGCUGUCCGCCAAUACAAGAGAGUUUAAUUGAAAUGUUUUAUUUAUAUUAUUUUUAACAGAGCUAAAUAAUAAAUUGUUGUUUUUUUAAGUA